GUGAUCCCUGUAGCCUGCUGACACGAACCGUCCUCGCAAAUUCCGAAAUGUGUGUCUUGAGGUGAAGCUGCAGGACUCAGGGCCUCCGCGAGCUCAGCACGCCACGACCCUCAACUCAUUAUGAGUUCCGCAUCCCGGCGUGGCAGCAACAGGAGCUCAGGGUCCUCAUGGGGUGGUAUCAGUUCUCGCGGAGGUGAAAACCAAGCAGAGGGCAGCGAUGGGGGCUCAGACAAGCCAAGUCGCAGCAUCAGUACCCAGCAGAGUUCGCGACCUGGCUCGCCAAUCGUGUCAGAGCCGCGCAGUCCUCCCUCAUCUACGAGGAGUGGCAGUACGCGAGAGACGACUCGAAUUCCUCCGGCUCCGCCCACCCCAACAGGAUACGCUGGGUCAGCAGUGCGCCAUCCAUCCUCUUUCUCCGGCACCGACGAGAGCGAAGAUGAGCGCGACGAUAUUCAGACCAAACUCCUCGUCGCCGCCAAAUCGCGCAAGCCAUCUGAUGUGUUGGCGUACCUCGAGCAAGGGGCUAACCCACUGGCGCCUGCUCUCCAGUUGCGCCGCACGUUUCUCCAUCGUCUUUGCCUGAACCCAUGGCUAUACCCAAACCUUCUGGUCAAGAUCUUUGCCAGCAUCGGCCGCGAAUAUGCGCAGACGCUCUUGUCGCAACAGGACAAGCGAGGCGAGACCCCGUUGUAUAUGGCUCUGGGGACCGACUUUGCAGACGGCGCCGCCGCCAUCAUCAAGACGCUCAUCGACAAUGGCGCUGACCCCAUGGCCCUCUUGCCCUCUCAGCAGCUCCCGCUACAUCGCGCAGCUUGGAAAGGAUCUGUUGCCGUCACGCAAGUGAUUCUGGAUCACAUGGACCUUGCUGCCAUUGACACAAAAGACGAUUUGGAAUGCACACCCUUAGACACAGCUUGCUGGAAAGGCCACCAUGAGAUCGCUGAGAUCUUGAUCAAAGCAGGCGCCAACAUACAUACACGUGAUAACGAUGACUGGACUCCUCUGCGAUCGGCUGCGCAGCAUGGUCAACUUCGAGUGUGCGAAAUCCUCAUCGAACAUGGCGCUGACAUACACGCCCGAGACGACAAAGGCGUGACUCCCCUGCGAGCGGCGGCUGAGCACGGCAAGACGGAUAUUGUGGAAUUACUGGUUAAAUUGGGAGCUGAUCUGGCCAGCCAUGACGAGGACGGAUUCACAGGCCUCCACGCAGCCAGUCGUGAUGGCGAGCACGAAGCUGUCAAACAACUUCUCGCCCUUGGCGCAUACGUCAACUGCAGAACCAUCAAGGGCUAUACACCACUCGAUCUCGCGUGCUGGAACGGCGAGGAGGAAAUUGCCAAAACCCUCCUUGAGGCAGACGCCGCUGUCAAUGUCUGUGACUGGAAAGCAAUGACGCCUCUGAUGACGGCCUGCGAGGCCAAUAGACUCAAUAUGGUCGAGCUGCUUCUCGAGCAUGGCGCCGAUGUCCACCGACAGGACACGGCUGGACAGGCAGCAAUUGAUCGGUUGACCGAUUAUCCCGACAACGGCAUCCUGCAAGUGCUCGUGGACAAGGGUGCAUAUAGCGAUGUUGUCUCCUCGAUUCUGGAGGCCACGCCGCUCAUGGCUGCCGCUCGCUUUGGUCUACUUGACACAGUGGCGACUCUAUUGGAGCGAGGGGCCGAUAUCAACAAGCAAGACAAAGGGGGCUUCCACUGCUUGAUGCACGCAUGUAGGAUGGAUCGACCCCAAGUGGUCGAGUAUUUGCUCAACCACAAGGAAAAGCCGGUUGAUGUCGAUCUACGGGACGAGCUGCAGAAUAGCUCGCUGAUCCAUGCCGCCUUCUACGGCCACGAAGCCAUCGUCGAAAUGCUGGUCAAGGUGGGCAAAGCAGACGUCAAUAUUCGCAACGCCAGCAACACUACAGCUCUUCUUUCGGCUGCAACCUUUGGGUGGGCCUCUAUUAGUCGCUUUCUCCUGAGCGUAGGGGCUGAUUUUACCAUUCGAGACACGCUUGGGCGAGACGCGUUACAUCGAGCGGCCACGGGAGAGGCCCCAGAGAUUCUUUUCACUGCAGAGCAGCUUGAUCAGAUGCAGUAUUGGUGGACCAAGACAGGCGUGAGGGAUCGGUGGAAUGAGGUCGUCGUGGAUCUACUGAACAAGGGAGCCGACCCUUUGGUGCAAGACGAGUGGGGCCAUACUGCUUUGCAUCUUGUUGCGUUUUCAAACGACUUGGAGAGGACCAACUCCAUCUUGGACAAGGUACCGCAAGACAAGGUCAACAUCCGCAACAAGGAGAAACUCAGCCCGCUGGGCGUGGCGUGCGUCCGCCGGAAUCGGUUUCCAGCCGAGGCUAUACUGGCCCGCGUAGACGUGGCAGACUAUGGCGACAACCAAGGUGAAGCUGAGGAAAACGCCCUUUGGUGGGCUGCGAGUGCAGGAGAGACACACGAGAUUGUUCGGCUGUUGUUCAAGAAGAGCUCGACACUCAACGUCCCCAUCUUGAGCGAGACUAUGAUCAGCUGGACUGCGAUGGACUGGGCAGCCUACCGGGGCAUGCCGAACGUGCUUUGGGGCCUGCUGUGUACGACUGAACAGGGACCCAAUUCAGACAGAAUGAGGAUGUCUGCCAUGAAGCUGGCUAUGCAGAGGAGAGAGCAGGACGAAAAGCUCAAGGCUGCAACUUUGCCUCGCAAAUCAACGACGAUCGACGUGGUUGGUCAGCCUUUGCAUACGGCAGUCAAGGACAAGGACACGUCCGCCAAGAAUCGCGGAGGCAAGUACGGAGCGCCCGCUGUCAAAGAGGUCAAGGAACUCAAGCUGGACGAGGCGAAAAUCGCAUCGCGUCCCGGGACGCCCGUGACAGGCCAUGUAUCGCCCGUGGAUAACGUGCCCAAGGACAACUGGCCCGUGGAACACGCCGCUCUUGAGGCGAGCAAAAGGCCAGCCGAAGGCGACACUGUCAAACGAACAAAUGAGAAAAAGUACUUGACCAAGAAGGAGGAGGAAGCUGCCAACCCUGGCGACCAGCAAGGGAACACCGACGUCUACGGACUCAUCAUAGACAUGCUACGCGACCCGCCAGUUAUCCAGACAUCCGGCCCCAAGGAACCAUUCGUGGCGCCAUCGUUCGAGGAGAAGUCCUCGGCGAUCCUUGAUGAGUACGAAGCCGCAGUGGUUGACUUUUAUGCCACAGGCGGACGGUCAGGGUUUUUGAGGCGCUACCGCUCCAUCAAAGAGACUAUCUACACCUCCAGUCCUCUUGAAAUCAUGCGCAAGGCUAGGGAGACCAUGCAACAAGUCGGCUCAGGCAUACGGCACGCCGAUAGCAUUGGUGGUCUGGACCAGCACAAGCUAUAUACCAACGACGAACUGCGUUUCACGUGGAUACACUUGCCCGCUAACAAUCUCAAGUGGAUGCAGGAUCUCACUUUGAAACUGUGUGUCGACAGCGAUACCUACAGCGAGACGCAGUACCGCGACAUGAGCGCCUUUCUGCGGAAGACCUGGCUCCAGACACCGGACCGUACCUCCAAGACUCGCUUCAUGAAGCCUCGAUGCGUCCAGGAUGGAGACAACUACCCGCUUGCUCUCUACGUGCCCUACCUCACGUUUUCGCAAGAAGCUACAGACCGUCGGCGGCUGUCGCCAUCUGAUGACUACUUCAAGAACCUGGAGAAGUACUCCAAGCUGCUCGAGGAGUAUAGGGAUAGCGUCAUCCAUGGCUCGCGCACACUGGACGAGUUCUAUUAUCACUUUGCCUCUGACGAGCGGUUCCAGAAGGACAUGCAGAUCCGUAACCUGGAUCAAGUCGUGACCAAGGCUAUCGACGGCUCUCCCAUGGGCAUGGCAGACGCCAUGCACCUGUUCACGGCUGUAAGAGUAGACCAGCUGUGGCUGUGGAUGCUUGACGACCAAACCUUGGUGACCUCUUCGACUCAUCGCAUGGAUGGGAUGCCUGACCCCAUCUUCAGUGGUGUGCUGGAUCUCCUCGGCCAGGGCGACAGUCGUUCCAGAGUGUCGCAGCCUACCACAGCUCUCGAGAUGAGCCAAACCAUUGUGGACUUUUGCGUUGGGCAGUUCAACCGGGGCAGUCCAUCUACGAGAUCUCACGGAUCCCUCAGGCAGAUCUUCUUUGAUUCCAUCAACAAGACCGCCAUUGAAGAAUCGGAGCUGUACCGAAAACUGCUUUCGAAAAUGGAGAGCGCCAGGCUCCGGAGCCAGAAAAGGCAAUCUGCCAUCGGGAGGGCUGCUGGCCUGUUUCGAGAGAUUAAGGACAUUCGAGAUGAGCUCAACAUCCUCAAGGCCGUCGUCGAGGCCCAGGAGAUUGUGCAGAACCAGCUGCAGAAGAUACAGCUACGGGACAUCCAAACCGCAAAGUCCAUCAUCAAGGACAUCUACGAGAUGGACGAGCUCGCGCGGCGGAUCCAGAACUCGAUCAACACGACCUUGACGUUGGAACAGAACGAGAUUGCCAUUUCCCAGGCCCAGCAGAGCGUCCAACAGGGGAGGACGCUCAUGGUGUUCACCGUCGUCACCAUCCUGUUCCUGCCCAUGUCCUUUCUCACCUCCUUCUUCGCCAUUGACGUGGCCGCGUUUGUGACCACACCAAAGUGGACGUUUGCCGUCAUUUUUGCGGUCUCUGUCGGUAUCACGCUGCCGCUGGCCUGCUACGCCUUUUAUUCGGACGAUAUCGUGGGGUUCUUCCACCAUUUGACCUCGAGCCCGUCGUCGGCAUCGGAUCAGCCAAGCAUAGACGCAAGGACCGAAUCGAUGCAUGAUGACAUACUCUCGCUACGCCAUUACGGUCCCGAGAAACGGAUGACCCCCAACAUGUUCCUGGACGAGAGGAAGGAGAGCUUCAGGGCCAGGAUCAAGGAGCUGGCAGCCGCUGGGCCGACCACCAACACUUCGUCUAAGUGGAGGUUGACCAGGCGCAAUGGCAGUCACAGCAUAACCGACGAGGAGGCAUUAUACAAGGACAAGUGAAGCAAGGCAUGGUGAUGGAUAGUUCAAUAGCAGACAACAACAC